CAGCAAACCAUCAUCAGUGGGAAAAAAUACAAAGCAUAGCAUUAAUUUCAAACAAUUAUGAUGAAGUACUUUAUUAUUUGUGCGUUGCUCUUUUCAACAAUCUUAGCUGCACCAAAGAGAGCGAAAAGAGAAGCCUAUUCUCUUCCAGAUGGAGCCGACAUUUUAGUUGGGGCUAUUAAAACUUCGUUUUCUUGCUUCAAUGACGGUUACUACGCCGACGUAGACAACAACUGCCAAAUCUUCCAUGUCUGCCAUUCCACCCCAAAUGAGGAUGGCUCCCAGAACACCCAGCAAUGGUCAUUCUUGUGCGGCAAUCAAACUCUUUUCAAUCAACUAACACUGACCUGUGCUGAUCCAGAAGAUGCCGUUCCAUGUCCAGAAGCACCAUCAUUUUACAAUAUCAACGACAGAAUAAAUGCUGGAGACCCCCAACUUUAUUUCCUCAAUGAUGAUGAUAUACAACGAGCUGAACCUUUGCUUUAUAGAAAUCGUGGUGGAGAAUAUAACCAAGUUAACCGUCCAGCACCACAGCGAGGUUGAUUCAUAACUUGACAAAAUGAUGACCAGAAAACUGAUACGGACAACAAGGAAAAAUACCAUUUAUGGAAAACACUGAAGCUAUUUUCGUGAUUUAUUUCUAUUAACAUAACUCGACUAAAUUAACUAAAUUAUGUAAUCAAAACUAAUGGUUUUAGACAUUGGCUGUUUUAAAAAUUCGUUCUAUUUUCGGAGAUUUUUUCCCUUAAUUUUGUGUUUAAAAAUUAAUAAAACUGAUUCUCAUAUACUUUGAAUUGCAAAGACAUUACUUAAAGGCCACUGCCUAGAAAGUAACAUUUUAGUUUAAGUUUUGUUUUUGUUUUGUUUCGAUGAUUGAAAACUGUUUACUUAACUAUAUCCGAAGUUAAAGGCCGCUGUCUAUAAAGCAACAUAUUCCAUUUAGUGUUAUUUCUUUGUUAUACUCUAUUUUUGGGAACUGUUAUUUUUUGUGAAUAUUGUAUAAUCCUAUAGUUAUGGUAUUAUGUUUAGUAUAUCAUUGUGCUAAGUGGAUGUUUGUAUUCACUGUUAAAAAAUCUUCGUUAACGUAUUCCUGUGAUAGUCAUAACUGAUUCAUGAGCUUUUGUUGUUGAGUUAGACUAUUUAUGUUGCCAAAUAAAUGUAAUUGCAAAUUUA